AUGGCGCGUUCCCGGCUGCCUUGCCCUCUCGUCCUCCUCUGCUCCCUCCUGAUGCUGCCCUCAGUGCUGCUACAGGAAGUGGGAAUGCCUGGGGGACUUUUCCCCGCAUCUGUCACAGAUGAGGGGGUGCAGAACGCUGCCGCCUUUGCCGUGGAGCAGUACAACGAGCGCAGCAACAACCCCAACUAUUUCAAGGAGCUGCAUAUUGUGAAGGCACAGACCCAGGUGGUUUCAGGCAUGAAAUACUAUCUUACGGUGGACAUAGGGAAAACAGUGUGUGAAAAGAGCAACGGGCCAAUGGCAUACAGCGAAAUUCAGAAGUGUGAGCUCCUUCCACAAGAGAAACUAACCUGUAACUUUCAAGUCUGGUCCCGUCCAUGGCUGAAUGAAAAUCAGGUGACAAGCAUGAGCUUCUUCCAACUUUGUGUCAUCCAUCAAUGGGAUCGUCAUUUGCUCCCCAUCCUCAUCCAGAAACUAACCUGUAACUUUCAAGUCUGGUCCCGUCCUUGGCUGAAUGAAAAUCAGAUGACAAGCAUGAGCUGUUUCUAA